UUUCUCGGGCUGCGGGGGGAGGGGGGUUCUCAGUACCUAUCCUGUAGCGGCUCCUCGCGCUGCGCCCCACAUCCGGGGCGGGCCACUGUACCGCACGGUGCUGCCAUAGGAUUGUCCGCCGACGGAAACCUCAUAGACCACGUGACACUGUUUCCCUUGCGGCGCUCUAGCUCCGCUCUCGCCAGACUCUAUGGUUUUAGGCGGCUAGGUGGAAUCCUCGCCGGGCCCGUGGCCCUGAGUUCUCGCGAGAACUAAUAUGGAGGGAGAAGAGGGGCCAGGCGCCGCGGCGGCUGGGCCGCCGGCGGGCGGGGCUGGAGGAGGGGGAGGAAGUGUCAUGGCGGCGGCUGCGAGUGGGUCUGGCGGCGCGGGCUCGGCGGCGCGGGGUGGCGGCGCCUCUUUGUCGGCGUCGCGCUGGUUCUUCAGCCGGGAGCAGCUGGAGAACACGCCGACCCGGCGCUGCGGGGUGGAGGCCGACAAGGAGCUCUCGUAUCGGCAGCAGGCGGCCAACCUCAUCCAGGACAUGGGCCAGCGCCUCAACGUAUCUCAGCUUACAAUAAAUACUGCAAUUGUUUACAUGCACAGGUUUUAUAUGCAUCAUUCCUUCACAAAAUUUAAUAGAAAUGAUGAAGGGAGUGGUCUCAAAGUGAAUAUAAUCUCUCCUACUGCAUUGUUUUUGGCUGCGAAAGUGGAAGAACAGCCACGAAAACUCGAACAUGUUAUCAAAGUAGCACAUGCCUGUCUUCAUCCUCAAGAGCUACAGCUGGAUACAAAAAGUGAUGCAUACCUUCAGCAGGCCCAAGAACUGGUUAUACUUGAAACAAUAAUGCUUCAAACUUUAGGUUUUGAGAUUACCAUUGAACAUCCACAUACAGAUGUUGUGAAAUGUACGCAGUUAGUGAGAGCAAGCAAGGAUUUGGCACAGACAUCCUAUUUCAUGGCUACCAACAGCCUGCACCUUACUACCUUCUGUCUUCAGUACAAACCCACAGUGAUAGCAUGUGUGUGCAUUCAUUUGGCAUGCAAGUGGUCCAAUUGGGAGAUUCCUGUAUCGACGGAUGGAAAGCAUUGGUGGGAAUAUGUUGAUCCUUCAGUUACUCUGGAAUUGCUAGAUGAGCUCACACACGAGUUUCUGCAAAUACUAGAGAAAACGCCUAGCAGACUGAAGAGGAUUCGUAAUUGGAGGGCUAAUCAGGCUGCUAAGAAACCGAAAGGAGAUGGACAGGCAUCUGAGAAUUCUCUUCUUGGUUCAUCUUUGGUCCAGAAUUCAAUUUUGGUGGAUACUGUUACUGGUGUAUCUGCCAACACAAGCUUCCAAAAAUCAUCAACGUCAACCUUUCCUGCACCAGUACCUCUGAACUCAGGGAGUAUGUCUGUUCAACACAGUCAUGCACCUGAAAACUUGGCAAUAUUAGCUACAGGAAUGCCGAGUACCUCAUAUAGUUUGACAUCACACCAGGAAUGGCCUCAACAUCAAGAACAAACAAGGACCGAACAAAUAUAUUCUCAGAAACAGGAAACCGCGUUACCUGGUAGUCAGUAUAAUCUGAACUUCCAACCAGGAACUUCUGUACAAUUGCAUUCUGGGUUACAUCACAGAUCUGACAAACUUACUGAGCAUUCCACUGGUAAACAAGACUAUGCUCACAAGUCAGGAAACAAACACCAUGGACAGGUUGCUGCUCCUAUAAUUCCUCAGAAAAUGUCCUUGGAUAAAUACAGAGAGAAACGCAAACUAGAAACCCUUGAACUGGAUGUAAGGGAACAUUAUGUAGCUACCCAAGUAGACCAGCAACAUAAAAAGCACAUCCAACCACAAGCAGCCAGUAGCAGUUCUGUUACUUCCCCUAUUAAAAUGAAAAUUCCUGUUGCAAAUGCAGAUAAACCAGAAAAACAUGUGUCUGAUAAAAAAGAAAAGGGUGGAUCACUCAAACUGCGAAUACCAAUCCCACCUACAGAAAAGAGUUCCAGUAAAGAAGAUCUGAAAAUGAAAAUUAAAGUUUCUUCAGAAAGACACAGUUCAUCAGAUGAGGGCAGUGGAAAAAGCAAACACUCAAGUCCACAUGUUAGCAAAGACCAUAAAGAAAAGCACAAAGAACAUUCUUCAAAUCGCCAUCAUAGUAGCAGUCACAAGCAUUCACAUAGUGGUGGCAGUAGUAGUGGCGGCAGUAAACAUAGCACUGAUGGAAUAACACCAACUGUUUUGAGGAGUCCUGUUGGCCUGAGUAGUGAUGGUAAUUCCUCUAGUUCCGGCUCUUCAAGAAAGAAGUUGCACAGCAAUGAUGCUUCUCACAACCACCACUCCAAAUUGAGCAAAAGUUCCAAAAGUUCAGGUAGUUCAUCUAGUUCUUCCUCCUCUGUUAAGCAGUAUGUAUCCUCUCACAACUCUGUUUUUAACCUUCCCUUACCCCCUCCUCCCCCUGUCACAUACCAGGUGGGCUACGGACAUCUCAGCACCCUCGUGAAACUGGACAAGAAGCCAGUGGAGAACGGUCCUGAUGCC